UAUGCCACUGUGUUAGCGAUAAAUGGACUCUCUCCUUCCCGUCAACGACACUUCCCUCCUAGCAUUCAUCACUUGGAAACCAAACUUCAACAGCAUUUGGUUCCACAAAAGUAAACGUCUUUCCUGUUAAAGAUCUUCUGCGUACAUGUCACCUCAAUUCCUCUUUCAGAAACGAGAAGGGGAGGCAGAGGCCCUUUAUAGCCCGGAACUACAGCAGUUUUUCUUGUUUCUGUUCGUGCAUUUUGCAGAUAGGACUGUUGCCGUGGGAACUGGUGGGGAUGUGUUGUUCUGAAAUACCCGAUCUCUUGUUUGAAGUAGCAUUUAUUCAGCCGUUCUCUGUUUUUCCCCACUGAAUUGCGCUGCAGUAGAUUGAAUGUCAGGUGAAACUCUUCCUACUAGUUAAGAUUAUACCAUGGCCGCUACUCAGCAGCAGGUAGUCAGUGGUGCGGGACUGCCCUCAACUGGGGAAGGACAGCUUCAGUCUGCGCAGCCGACAGUAGCAGCAAUCAGUGGAAACAUACAAAAAUUUGCAGUGAAAAAGAAAAAAGUCCUUAAUGCUGAGGAAGCUGAACUUUAUGAGUUAACACAGGCAGCCGGAAUUACAGCAGACCAGGAAGUCUUCAAAAUAAUUUUGGAUUUGCUGAAAAUGAAUGUUGCCCCAUUAGCUGUGUUCCAAAUGCUCAAAUCCAUGUGUGCUGGACAUCGAAUCACAGAGCCUUCUGCAGCAGGGAAUAUAACCAACCCAGCACAGUAUGUGCUGAUGGAUACCAGAGAUUCAUUUGUCUCAGUCAAGAACAGUAAAAUCCCUGCGCCAUUGUCCUUUACCUCUGCCCUUCGACCUCCAAGACUACCAGCCACUAAGCUUGGGGUCUACAAUCCUGCUGAUGCUUGCUCACCUCUCUCACAAGGUCCCCCUGGUUCCUUCCAGUUUUCUUGCUGCUUGUUCUCUCCUUUUGCAGGAAGAAACAAACCAAACCCUGUAGGGGGUGGAUCUCAGGCACAGAUUGAACGCAGUAAUCGCGAAGGAGUUAGUCAGAGAAUCCCUCGUCAGCCAAGUGCUUCUAGGCUCCAGAAAGGUGCAGCUGCUGGAAAAAGUAAUUGAGGCAGCACAGUAUAAACAUACUAUAUCCAGCUUUGUGAUCAACCAGCUCAACAUUUCAUUUAAUUUCCAAAGCUGAGUUGGAACAUUAUAUUUUUUUAUCAUGUUUGUUUCCUUGUGCUCUUGGAACAUUAUGCAGUAUCUCUGAUAGUGAUGUUUUGAGUUUGCAGGCUCUAGCUAUUGAUGCAAUGUGUUGCAUCCUCUAUAUCUAGCAUUUUUUUCCUUUCUGGGAACCACUAUUUAACAUGUAAUAUUUUGUAGGCUUUAUGCUAAUUGAAUGUCCGUACUGAAAUUUGAAAUGAUGACAAUGUGUCAUUGUUUUUCAAGUGUGGAAUGUAAUACCGUUAUAGUAUUGUCUUGUUUCCCAGUCUCUAGCAGAUAAUCCAUUGCCUAACAAUGGUUAUACCAAUUAUUUUUAAGAAAGGAGGAGGAUUAUGGGUGUUAGUGACUUCUAAAGUUGUAAACUAUAAAACAUAAUAAAAGUUAUCUCAAUGUGUAUCUAGCCAUGGAACAUUAUAUUUUUAACCUGCAGAUUUUCUCUGUCCGUUGUAGCUUGGACAUUUUUUUUUAACCUGGAUGUCCUAUUAAAAAGCUGCACAGCACUACAUUAAGUGACAUUAAGCAUUUUAGAAUGUUUUCUGUUAAAAUGAAGUAUUGUAACAUAAAUUAUGUAAUCGGAGCAUGAAUAAAGGUUUGUUGUGAAUAAAAGACACGCAUUCAUACUG